AAUCCCCUUAGAUAUGAUGUCGGAUGCCUCUUUCCCUUACCUAUCUCGUGAUCCAAACAUUUUCCCAGCAGCUGCGGGAGCUGCCCACGGGUUCUGCUAUACUUAUCGGAGUUGACCAAAGACCUGAGAAUGAAUUCAUUCGGAGUGGUUGCUGUGGGCUUGCUUUGGUUUGGCCUUUGGCGUGUGAGUAGGUGGGGUGGACGGGGGAGAGUAUAUAACGAAGAAGAGAGUGUUCCGAAGAGAGGAGAGGAAUAAGGAGUACGGCAGACGGGAGUUCGAGAAGAGAGAAGUGAGGAAAUCGAGCAGUAUGUGUAUAGCUGCAUGGAUAUGGCAGGCGCACCCUCUCUACCCGCUCGUCCUUUUGUUCAACAGAGACGAGUACCAUGAUAGGCCUACAAAGCCAGUGGCAUGGUGGGGGGAGGGCCAUCGGAAGAUACUGGGAGGGAGGGAUGUGCUUGCAGGGGGGACAUGGCUGGGGUGCACCAAGGAUGGGAGGCUGGCCUUCUUAACCAAUGUCUUGGAGCCUGACCACCUGCCUUGUGCAAGGACCAGGGGAGACUUGCCUGUCAGGUUCUUGCAGAGCUGGAAAAGCCCCUUGGAAUUUGCAGAGGAGCUUGUCAUGGAAGCAAGAGACUACAAUGGGUUUAAUCUAAUAUUAGCUGACAUUCCAUCCAAACUCAUGGUGUACAUCUCAAAUAGGCCUAAGGAAGAGCCUAUUUCCAUUCAAGUGGUUUCUCCAGGCCUUCAUGUGCUCUCUAAUGCAAAAUUAAACACUCCGUGGUAUAAGGCACAAAGAUUAGCCAUGAGAUUUAGAGAUCUACUUGUCAAGUAUGAUGAGGAAGAAAUCCCUGAAAAGGAGAUGGUUGUUAAACUGAUGAGUGACACUGCAAGGGCUGAUAGAGAUAGGUUGCCAAACACUGGCUGUGAUACCGAAUAUGAAUUCAAGUUGAGCUCCAUCUUUGUUCAGUUCGAGACAAAACAGCGGCAAUUUGGAACGCGAAGCACCACUGCAUUGUCUGUCAAAACAGAUGGUAAUGUGAGAUUCUAUGAGAAGUACUUGGAGAAAGGUGUGUGGAAGGAUCAUGCUGUAUCGUACAAUAUCGAAAAGAUGCAGUAGAUGAUGAAGGCAAAACUGUCCUCUUAAAUUGGUGUACACACAGCAGAAGUUGUAAUAGUUUACAUGCUCUUCUUAAAUCUGGUACAGAGCCUCUUAGCACUCAGAUGCGAAGUUUGUGAAUGUUUACUGGGUUACACAACUAGUCAUCUCAAACAUGAUUCCAGAGGAGAGCUUAUGUCUGUCUCUGAACUUUUGUCUUGCACAUUAUAGAAUGGCAUAAAUAAUCAAACUUCA